AUGGACGCAAUGGAAAUUGCCGACGGAGGUGAAGUCGGUCAUGAUGAGGCCGAAUUGGCGACACCGGACGAGAUAUCUUUGGUGCCCGUGGCACACAUGGAUCUGGACGAUGGUGAUCACCAUGACGAGGAAGAUAAGGCGGACGAAGAUGAACAAGUUCAGAACGGGCCUGUGGUUCAAAGCGGAGAUGAUGAUUUGCAGCAAACGGGCGAUGUCAACAUGGACAGCCCUCCGAGCAGCCAUCAUUCAGCCACAAAGCAACAGCAACUACAUCCUAUUGAGGUGGUUAUUAGCCCCCCGAGGAAUCCAGACUCCUUCAGCAAAAUCAAGCUGCCGCCCUCAUGGUAUGUUCUGAGGGUCAUCGAUCAAAUCGACAUCGAUGAAGACGACUAUGGCUAUGGUCAAGAUACUUGGUACAGUGUGGAAUUUGACGAUGGCCGUAUUGAUCAGCUCUUCCGUCUUGGUCCAGGUGACGACCUCGGCCAUUUCAAGCAUCCUCGAGCCAACAACAGUCAAACACAUUACCCUUGUCGACUUUCCGUCAGUGUUUUCCUCAAUUUCGUUUCUGUGAGUUGCAUUGCGCAGAGUCUGGUCUCAAUCUCAGACUCGGAAACAAACUAUGAGCUUGCCCUGAACACAGUCCGAAAGCAAUUGCCCGCCGACCUACCAAUCCUCCAAUCACAACAUAUCACUCAUACCCUAUUGUCCCUGCUGAGACCAAUCAACGGCUCCCUCGCUCUAGAGAGAUUUCAGCAAAGCCGGGACGCCAAUGACAACUCCAUAGUAACCUCCUACGGUAACAAGCGUCGCCGGAUUAUCGAUUCCAGUGACGAAGACACGAUGGAGUUUGAGCAGCCACGGAUGGGCCUUCGCCGCAGCACAAGGCAAAAAACAACAUCGCGACAGGCUUCGGUUGACUACGCCUCCAACCAUGACAUCGAUGAUGCCUUUGCUAAGGCCGAUACGCUCCUCGAUGGUGGAGAUGAUGACGAUGACGAGGAUUACCAAAAGACACCUCAAGAACCCACUACCCGCAGAAGUACAAGGCCUCGAAAUUCGAUUGGCAAAAGCUACAUCUCCUUCAUCCCCUCCUCUGAAGAUGAGUUGGCCAACGAUUCUGAUGAUGCCUUCAAGCCCGUCACUUCAGAUCUACCGGAUUUCAAGAGCAGCCAGAAGAAGAAGAAGAAAGGUGGCAAAGGCAGGCCCAAGCUCAAAAAUACUCGCAGAAAUGGACGAGAGUCCUCCAUUGAGUUUGAGCCUGUUCGGAAAUCGGGCCGCGCUACAAAGGAGACGACUUACAUCGUUCCAGACAUCGAUGAUGAGUACGAAAUCAUUGAGGAGAAAGUCUCGGGUGCUCCUAAACACGUUUCGGUCAAGGAGAUCUUCCCGCCGCUCCCAGAAACUUCUGAAUUCUUGAAAUUGCAUGCAACCAAUUGUGAGACUUGUGGUUCUGACGCUCACGUCGGCAAAGGCCCUCUCAUCAGCUGUCAAGGUUGUUCGUCGUCUUAUCACAAGAUCUGUCUGGGGCAGAGAUCAGUCAGAGACCACCGAGUCACCAAGAUUGGUUCCGAUCACUUUGUCCUACAGUGUCGGUAUUGCAUAGGAAUAUACCAGAAAAGGGAUGAAUCUGCCCCUAACUCUGCCAUGUGUCAAUCAUGCAAGUUGACAGGCGCAUCCUGUUCCGAAUUUUCUUCAAAAAAGACACCAAAGGUCGAGGAGCGAUUGCGGCUCGAAAAUGGUGGCGAGGAUCCCAUCACACAAGUCAAGCCAGAUCUUAUCAAUAACGCCGACACACUCUUGUUUCGCUGCACUGCUUGCAAGCGUGGGUAUCAUUUCGACCACUUGCCGCCGACUACACAAGAGAGCGAAAUACCCGAUGACUUGCGAGAGGCUCGCCUGGAGGAGUAUGCCAUGUUAGAUUGGCGUUGCAAAGAUUGUGCCAACGCCGAGCAUAGUAUCCAAACACUGGUUGCAUGGCGUCCCAUUGAUCAAGAGUCAUACACUCCUGGAACUACUGCCCUGGACUUCUCCGAGGAUCACAAGGAAUACUUGGUGAAAUGGCAGAAGACCUCUCACUUCCACGACACCUGGAUGCCUGGUGCAUGGAUCUUUGGUGUAGCCUCGGCGCCUAUGCGAAUCGCUUUCCUGAAACGCGAGGAGAGCAUGCUCCCGAAGAUGACAUUCAAAGAGGCUGUGGAUGAAGAGUGGCUUCUCCCUGACGUCAUUUUGAAUCUCAAAUACACACGUAAUGCAUCGAACUCGAGCAAGGCUAAGGACCUUGCCCGGAUUUCAGACGUGAAAGAGAUUUUCGUCAAGUUCCAGGGUUUGAGCUACACGGAGGUUGUCUGGGACAAGCCGCCUUCAAAGGACUCUGGGGCACCUUACGCAGCAUUCCAAGCAGCGUACAGUGACUACAUUGAAGGUGUCUACUUUCCAUAUGUCUCUGACCAGAAGAUGGCAGAACGGGUCAAGCAAUUCCGUGGCCUUGACUUUAAGAGACAUUGCGAACUCCAUGAACAACCAGACAGCCUCAAGCGAGGAAAGCUCAUGGCAUAUCAGCUCGAAGGAGUGAAUUGGAUGCUAUUCAAUUUCCAUCAAUCUCUGAAUAUCAUCUUGGCAGAUGAGAUGGGUCUGGGAAAGACCGUCCAGGUCGUCUCCUUGAUCACGACUCUUGUUCAUGACAAACCCAACUGUUGGCCUUUUCUCAUUGUGGUUCCCAACUCAACCUGCCCCAACUGGCGCCGCGAGUUGAAGCAUUGGGCCCCUGAUCUACGCGUUUGUACAUACCACGGCGGCAGAGCAGCUCAAGAUCUCGCCUUCAGACACGAAAUCUUUCCUGAAGGUGUCAAGGGUGGCAUCAAGGCACACGUUGUAAUCAUGUCGUACGAGGCGGCUGUCGAUGCAAAGUCCACUUUCCGGUCUGUCAAGUGGCAGGGCUUGAUCGUUGACGAGGGUCAAAGACUGAAGAACGACAAGAGUUUGCUAUACGGUGCGCUGCGGGACAUGAAGAUACCAUACAGGUUGCUUCUGACUGGAACACCUCUACAGAACAACAAGCGCGAACUCUUCAACCUUCUGCAGUUCAUUGAUCCUGCACUUGACGCUGAAGAACUUGAUGCGAAAUACGCUGAUCUCACCAAGGACACCAUUCAUGAACUUCAUGAGUUGAUCAGGCCGUAUUUCCUACGUCGCACGAAGGCACAGGUACUCAAGUUCCUGCCACCGAUGGCUCAGAUCAUCUUGCCUGUGACUAUGACGUUCUUGCAAGAGAAGCUCUCAAAGUCGAUCAUCUCGAAGAAUUCCCAUCUCAUCAGGUCAAUCAUCUCUGGAGGCAGAACCAAGGCUGGAGAACGCAAGGGACUGAACAAUAUACUCAUGGAGCUUCGCCGUGUAUUGUGCCAUCCAUUCCUAUUCAGCGAUUCAGUCGAAGAUCGAACUGUUACAGAUCCGGCCAUCAUUCAGCACAAUCUGGUUGAGGCUUCGGGAAAGCUCAAACUCUUGAACAUACUACUGCCGAAGCUGAAAGAACGGGGUCAUCGUGUUUUGAUCUUCAGUCAGUUCUUGCUGAGUCUGACCAUUAUUGAGGAUUUCCUCACAGCUCUUGGCUUGGCGCAUGCCCGAAUCGACGGCAGCCUCUCCGCCCUUGAAAAGCAGAAGAGGAUUGACGCAUAUAACGAACCCAACUCACCACUGUUCGCCAUGCUCCUGUCGACACGUGCUGGUGGAGUCGGUAUCAACCUUGCAACAGCUGAUACCGUCAUCAUUUACGAUCCCGAUUUCAACCCACAUCAAGACAUUCAAGCCCUAUCUCGCGCGCAUCGCAUUGGACAGAAGAACAAGGUUCUUUGUUUUCAGAUGACUACCAAGGAUACAGUUGAAGAAAAGAUUAUGCAGAUUGGACGCAAGAAAAUGGCUCUGGACCAUGCACUGAUCGAAAGCAUGGACGUGCGUGAAGAUGCUGGGGAUGACCUCGAAUCAAUUCUCAAGCAUGGAGCUGAAGCAUUGUUCAGUGACGAUGCUCGAGAUCACAUUGUUUACGAUGAGGCGGCUGUUGAAAAACUCAUUGAUCGCAGUCAGAUGGAGAGUACCAUGGCUGGAGAUGAUAAAUCGGCCGAGACGCAAUUCUCUUUUGCCCGCGUCUGGGAGAAUGGCCAUGGCACACUGGUUACUAACAAUGAUGAGAGUGCUCAGAAUGAAGACGCGCCAAGUGAUCAGAACGUCUGGGAGAAUAUUCUCAAGCAACGCCAGGAGGAGCAUGAGCGGGAAGUGGCAGCGCAGCAACGCGAAUACGGCCGUGGUGCCCGCCGUCGAAAUCAAGACGUGCGCUAUGUUGCAGUAGGUUACUUCAUUGAAGGUGUUAAUGACAGCUUCCUAACCUCCAACCAGCCUCAGGUUCUCGGAGACCUUCCGCUCGAUUCCUCAGACGACGAUGAUUUCGAGGGCGGCAAAGAAUCCGCUGAGAGUGACGAUGAAGGAUCGGACCUGGACAGCGAUGAUCUGGGCAGAGCCCGCAAAGGUAGAAAGCGCACUGCUCCAAUACUCCAUAAGCCACAGACACCCAAAACGCCCCGUACACCAAGCACGGCACCACCUAGCAAGAAAAGAAAGACUAUUAACACGCAGUCGAGCAGCGGAAGGAAUGGCCGUUCAACUCCCAGAAAACCUGCUUCCUCAACCACCACCCGUUGCUCAGGUCAUUCCCCCUCCACGCCCCGUAUCCCCUCCGACCGAGGUGCAGCAGCCAAGGCGCAGAGGUCGCCCGAGAAAAGCAUCGAUCGAACUAACCAGGCCGAGACCAAAGACGACGGUUCCCGAACCAGCCAACUCGACUCGACCGCCAAAGAUACACACGUUGCCGCCUCAACAAAUGCUCAAUCAAGCGAGACCCAACCAGUCGCCGUCAAUGCCAACAGCCAUGCUACAGAAUCAGUCGGUACAGCAGACACAGGCACGUCUGCAGCAACAGUGGCAAAUGGCCCAGAGACAUCCUCUUGA